CAUUCGAUUCUGCAGAGGUUAGAUUACGUUGUAAAUAUGGUGCCCGUUGCUGCACUUGAGAUCUGAGACGCGACAUCGAGGAGCACCGCGUUCCACACGCUCGUGGGUUCGUCAUCGACGAGGUAGCGGAUCAAGAUGCUGCCAGGGCACUGUCGACGUCGCACAUCGUCGGCAUCAGAAUUCACGAGCGAGAAUUGCGUUUGAGAAGACGCGCGAUGAAGUCCGUAUACAAGCUGUUCCUGCUGUGCCUUAUCCUCGCCGCGUUGAUAAUAUUGCUCAAUGUCACCACCAAUUUCUCCGGCAAGCUGUACGACCAGGCGGUCCUGAGCAAGGAGCAACGUCUGGCGCACAGGCGGAGGUACCUGGGACCUGGUGCCGCGUCCACGGCGAACGAGGUGACGAUAUGCGUGGUGGUGUGCGGGGACAGGCUGCACGAGGCCCUGACGAUGCUGAAAUCGGCGCUGGUCUUUGCUAAUCGGCCGCUGCAGUUUGUAAUACUGGCAGAGCACGACCUGCUGCCAGCCUUCAGCGAGAAGCUAUCGGAAUGGCGGCUCAUAUCCAACAAGACCUUCGACUUCCUGGUGCGGCCCAUUACGUUCCCCGAGGGUAGCGACGCAGCCAUGUGGAAGAAGCUGUUCAAGCCGUGUGCCGCUCAGCGACUGUUCCUACCGACCGUACUAAACGACACGGACGCAGUGCUCUACGUGGACACGGAUACUUUGUUCCUGGCACCACCGGAGAAGAUCUGGGAUGAGUUUAAAAGGAUGAACUCCAGUCAGCUGGCAGCUCUCAGCCCCGAGCACGAGGACCCCAACACUGGCUGGUACAACAGAUUCGCCAAGCAUCCGUAUUACGGCAAGCUGGGCGUCAACUCAGGCGUGAUGCUGAUGAACCUGACGCGAAUGAGGGAGUUCCGGUGGACCGACUACGUGAUACCCAUUCACAAGGAGUACAGAUUAAAGAUCACCUGGGGCGACCAAGAUAUCAUCAACAUAAUAUUCCACUACCACCCAGAAAGGCUUUACGUGUACUCGUGCCGAUAUAAUUACCGACCGGAUCACUGCAUGUACAUGUCGGUGUGCGCGGAAGCGGAAAAGGACGGCGCCCUGGUGCUGCACGGCUCCCGUGGCACGUUCCACUCGCAGAAGCAACCGCCGUUCAAGGCCGUGUACAAAGCCAUGCAGGAGUAUCAACUCAACACAGACCCGUACGAGGAGCUGCUCGUGCCAAUGAGAAACUACCUGGCGAUGGAGGACAAGUCGAACUGCGGCCGAGUCUCCAAGGUGUUCAUCAUCCAGCCGGAGCUGCACCUAGCUCGUAACUUUUGAGACUUCCACGUCGAGAUUACACGCGUCGUAAUUACACGUGUGAGUUCUUAUACAAUACUUGAGACUUACAUGAUGAAUAUUUCGAUUUCAUUGAUAUUCGGUGUCGCUGUAUAGAACUAUAUUGGAGCAAUAACGAGUAGGAUAUAAGCAUUUGUACAUAUUCGCGAGGCCGCUUUUGGCCGUAAUAUUAUCAGCAAUUUUCUCAGCGUCCCGGGAAUUUCGAGAAAUUUUAGCGAGAUCCUAAAAAAAGGGAACUUAAGUAUAUAUGAAUACUUGCGUAUACACACUUGCGUACAUAAUACAUUAUGAGUCGGCAUAUCUACGCAGGAAGUAGAAAUUGAACGUAGGUUCUCAUACUGCGUACUGACAUACGAGCAUCCUGCCUCGUUCUCCGUCCGCGUCUUUAUGACACCACGCGGACUUGGAAUUACGUAAUAUAUAUUAGAGAACAAAAAAGCUAUCUACAAAUUAAAUAUAUCCGGUUAGGUGUACGUUCCGCCACGAAAUUAUUUUAUGUGGCCCGCAGCAUGUUAAAGGCUCAGGCCUCCAUCCUCGGGAUUCGCGAGCGCAAUCAUUUGUAAGAUGUUAAUUAAGCGCAAGCACUUGGAAGGUGCGCUAUGUUAGGUUCCGAUCAAUUUCAUACGUUAUAGACUGAACUUCUUUGAAUGGUGCAUUUGGGUUUUUUUGUUAACAAGUGCGCUAUGUUGUUACUGUUUGCAUGAGGGGCGAGACAGCGAGAAUGUGUUGUUAUACAUUUUUAUCUGACAUCUUCUUCCGACAAUAUUCGACCGGCAAGCUCUUAGCAAGAAAAGAUGACGACGGGGGCUUAUCUUUAAAAUAUUUAACUUUCGGAUAUCUUACAUAAAAUUAUUGACACGCUACGCGUGUUUCCUGAUAUCCAAAAGUUUCCAGAAUAUUGUUAUUCAGAUAAGCCCUAAUCGUCGCGGGAUUAUUUUGAAAAUGACGUGCCUCCCUCAUUUCAAAGAUCUUGCCGAGCUUGAAAUAAGGCAAUUUACAUUUCAAUGAGAUUUGCAAUUAAAUUAGCACCAUUUUCAAAAUAAAACGGCUUAUCUUUUCACGAAAUCAUGUGAUUAAUUACAGACGUGAAUAUGAUCGUGCUGUGUACGGCGAAUUUCGACAAGAGAGUGUUCAAAUUUUUACACUACGAUUUCUCACGACCAACAUAUGCGUCUUACAUCGUUUGAUUGUCCAACGACUUGAUAUUACCGAUUUGUGAUACUUUUCUUGUAAGUAUUGUAUACACAAUAAAGCUUAAAAAUAAAGAUCUGUCUAGAUAAUACAUAUGAACAUA